CCAACGCCAAUAUCCACGUAACCUGCGUGGUUCAUAUUUGUUACCAUGGAAAAAUUGAUUGAUUUUGGUUAGUUAACAAAAAUGAAUGAACCAAGGUAACCUAAAAAAGUUAGAAAAUGGAAAAUGUUGAAAAACGGAAUAACAUAAACCCCGAAAACGCUACAACUCCAUCAUUAGGUACAAAAAUCGAGGAACUACCGGAUGCCGCCCAACAACAAAGUUAUGAAUCUGUCGGUCCCUUGAACACCUAUCAAAUUAAGCCUAAUUUACAAGAAAAGUUCAAAGAAUUGCCAGUAAAGGAAAUAAUUAAAGAAGUACAAGCUGCUGUUCUGGGAGGUAAGCAAUAUGAUCCGGAACAAGUGAAAAAAUGGACCAUCAGGAUAGCUAACGAUGUCAAUCAAAAAGUGAAAGAAUUGGAAAUGAAGCGUUACAAACACAUAGCACAGGUUAUUAUUGGUGAAAAAAAAGGGCAAGGUAUAAAGGCUGGGGUGAGGUGCCUUUGGGAUGCUGACGUUGACGGAACUACAAGUGAAAUUUUUAUGAAUGACACAAUUUUCUGUGUAACGACUGUUUUUGCUAUUUAUUUGUAUUAAUCCUGGUAUCAAUUAACAUGUUUAAUGCUUUGUUAUAAUAAAAUACACUUUAAGAGUA